AUUUGAAAACGGGGAAUUUUUGGAAUGUGGAAAGUUGAUAACAGUGAAUGUUUUGAAUGAGCUGAUUACUUUUAUGCUGGCAAGGGCUGAGAAAUGUUGAAGUGGUAAGAAUGCCUAAUAUCGUGGGAAAUUUGUGUUGGAAAAUGUGGAAGUUUUGGAAAAGUGGGAAUUUAUGGGAUGUGGACUAUUUCAUAUUGGGAUGGUUUGAAUGGGUUGAGGAACAUGUAAGUUGCAAAAACUGUCCGUUCAUUUUCAAUGGGAACAUUUCUGCAAUGUGUCAACAGAUAUGUCACAUGUUUGGAAUGAGCUGAACACUUUGGUGAUGGAAUGCUUUGAAUAGGUUGACAAAAGUGUAGCAAAGUACAGUUCUUUAAAGUAAACAUGCUAAAUACCUGAAAAAAAUGAUAAUUUGGGUGAUGGCUGCGAAUGUGAUCAAUCACCUUUCACCUUCAGCAGCUGGCAGCAGACCAAAGGUCAAAGUGUGAUGGAUUUAUGCUGCCUCUCACUGGUCAGCUCUGGUAUUACAUCAGGUCAUAUUUGCUCAAGGAAGGCUUUUUUUGUGGCUGUGUUAAGUGUGUUUUGUGCUGUGUUGGUCAAUUUGAUGAUUUUUAACUUAUUUCUAGAGUUCAACACCGUCACAUGAACUCUGUCAUAACUUGUGUUUGAGUGAACUUUCAUUGCGUUUGAUGUGAAUACUUAAACAUUUGAACGUUCAUGGUAAAAAGGGCAGCAAGCGUCUCCAAUGUGCCAGAGCUCAGGGUUUUCAAAGUCUAACACAUGUUUAUUUUUUUGAUUGUCAUGUAUCGGGUCUCUCGCAGGUGAAAAAAAUCCGAGCAGAUUCUUGACACGAGCAACAGACCCGAACAUUGUAAGAUGUCCAUCCAUCCAUAUUCUAUACCGCUUCUCCUCAUAAGGGUCGCGGGGGCAUGCUGGAGCCUAUCCCAGCUGACUUCGGGCGACAGGCGGGGUACACCCUGGACUGGUUGCCAGCCCAUCGCAGGGCACCUAUAGACAAACAACCAUUCACACUCACAUUCAUCCCUAUGGACAAUUUAGAGUCGCCCAUUAACCUCACCUGCAUGUUUUUGGAAUGUGGGAGGAAGCCGGAGUACCCGGAGAAAACCCACGCGCGGAGAACAUGCAAACUCCACACAGAAAUGCCCAAGGGAGAAUCGAACCCAGGUCUUCCCGAUCUCCAGGUUGUUACUGUGUUGGCCGAAAUGCUAACCACUAGCCCACCGUGCGGCCCGUUGUAAGAUGUCUUUCAAAAUAAAAAAGGUACAUUAUGAUUAGAAUAUUGCAUUUAUAAAUCAGAUGGCGUUUUCUAAGUCAAACUGGUGUGAAUACAAAGGCCUCCCUCGGAAGAAGCAAAUGAAUUCUGUUGUGUUUUGUACUGUUUUUAGCAACACAAAUGAGCUGCAGCUCCAGAUUUUCUGAGCUGGUCAAUAUGACGUGUCCAGACGAUUCCAGGGGCAGCAGAGGGACAGUUCGCUCCUUCACUGUAGCAGAUAUCCAUUUGUGAUGACCUCUGUCAUCUCUAGCGAGUACAGUCUCUCCCAUCUCCAGCUCCCGAAUCAUGCAACAUGCAUCAACAACCACUAGGAAAGUUGUAUCCACAGCAAAAUCAAUGUGAAUGUGAGUGCUGAAUGAUUUGCAUAAGUGGGGGAGGUGUUCAAUCAGGUGAAUACACCGCCUGUUAUCAAUGUUAACAAUGCAGUGAAGGAUGUGUAGAAUUACUAAAAUUGAAAUUUGUUCACACAUUUCUCAAUAUAUCUCUGUUACGAAGGAGUAUAUUUCCACCACAUGCACACUAGAAACACAGUACAGUAGACGCCCCUACAACGUAAAUAAUCCGUUCCGAGAACGUUUACGUUAUAGGGUUUUUAUGUUAUAUGAAGCGUAAAAUACAUGUAAAUAGCCUAAUCCGUUCCAAGAUCUUCCCAAACUCACACCUUUGGCACUUCAAAAUAUUCAAAGUCCACCAAAUAUGGUGGGAAAAUAUAUGAAAACGUUAGCAUAAACAUAGUAGCAUAAACAUUAGCAUAAACAUUAGCAACAUUCCAAUAUAAAAUAAGGUAAUAAAUAAGAUUACUAUAAAUUAAUAAAACGGAAUAACAAAAACAAUCAACUAGUUUAAGGGCGACUAUGAUGAGGAAGGGAGGUUGAAGGGAGAAGCCUGUCUCUCACACAAACUCACGUACGCACUAUAUAAGUCAGCCAAUGAGAUGAGAGCAUAGGCGGUGCCCCGAUAAUCAGCCAAUGAGAUGAGAGCAUAGGCUUGUACCCUGAUAAUCAGCCAAUGAGAGCGUCAGAAGGCGUCACCAAGUGUACUCUGUUAGUCAUGGAAAAUGUUUCCCUCUCUCUGUCGCGCGAGCUCUUCAAAUCGAAUUUCUGAACUUGCACCGUCUUGACGUUUUACGCUAUAUGGAAUUUCUUACGUAAUACGAUGCAAAAACUUUACAAAAAGUCUUUACGUUCAGUGGAAUUGAUGUAAAAGGAGGUUUACGUUAUGCAAGGUACUGUGGUGGACACUAGGGGGCAUGUGUCUCACCCAGUCGGGAGUCGACUGGGGGCGUGGUUAGAGUCCAGGUUUGGGCGCGCAAGUGUUAGCGCUAUAAAGGAGAUGUUCAUUCUUUGUCAGGUUUUGUAGUGUGCAGUUGGAGAAUAAAGCUCCGCAUGAGACCCAACCAUGAGUCUUCCUUGCAACUGCCACAGUACUACUGUAGUGUGGAAAAAAAGCUAUUGCAGCUUGAGUCUUCUUAUUACACUUAUGCCGUCCUUCCACAUCUAUUAUGUGCCCACGAUAUGCAACACUCGCCCUGAAAACCCUCAUCGACUUGUCAUGCCGAUGUUGUCCAGAGUCUUUACCUGAGACUUGAGAUUAAAGACUUGAGACUUGCCAGUGGCUUCUGAUGCAGUAGGUAAAUUUGGUAACCACGUCAAAGCGCUUUGAGUACCUUGAAGGUACAAAAGUAAAAGUCCAUUGACCAUUUGUGCUAUCUUUAGCAACACAAAUCAAUGGACGAGUCAGCAGAUGCGUUUUAGUCGUCUUUUCUUUUACGAAAGCGCUUCUGGUGCAACAAUACAAGACAAAGUCAAAUGACCAAUUAUGUCAUCAAUCUUUUCAGCACACACAACAAAAUAAAGUAGUCUGUUGAAAACACAACAACUUCAAUGAAGUACACUGUUUCCUUUACGAGAGCAAAUACUGUCAGAUGGUACUUCCUGAGUGGUAAGCAGUGUUUGGCCAGUGCACAUGACUGACAAUUCAUUAUCUGACACCUCCUUUUUUUUUUCUUUUUUUUUGCAUUUGCAUCUUUUCGUUUAGGUUUCAGAGAAAGAAAAUUUACGAGACAAUUUGCUUUGCUGUUUUAAAAAGUGCUUCAUAUUAUGGAUUAUUUGUACUUUAUUAAGUGCAGGCCACUUUAUGCUGGACUAACUGUUGGUUUCUGUGUCCCCAAGUAGUGUUAUAAAAUGACUGAAUAUUUCAGUUUAUCAAUAACAGAAAGCUAAUCAGAUGUAACUUCUGUCCAAAUGAACCCAUUGAAAGACUUUAAAUGUGUUCUAUUGUGUGCUGUACAGCUUUAUGCUUAAGUUAAACUCAUCAAAUCCAUAAGCGACAUAUAGAAAACAUUUUGGAGUAGUUGCCAUGUGACAGUCAUGUGACUAUUCCAGGAUAUGGCUUCCCCACAAUGGCAGUGUGUCAGGUAAGCUAGCUCAUUGCCGAAAGCUCAUUUUUUGCCGUAAAACUUCAUUUUAAAUCCAUUUAACAACUGUAAUACUUUAAUAGGGUGUCAAAUAUUACAAUUCAACUCUUCCUCUUCCUUCAGUGAAUUCAUAGAAAAUAAUCUAGGAAAACAUUACUAUCAGGUUUUUCAGCCUGUAGCUUUUAGCCUUCAUAUCAUUUUUUUAAAUUUUAAAUGUAUUUUAAAUGGCUUCUCUGUGCUAUAUUUGGCUUUAAAUGGAUUCUAACUUGGAUGAAUUUUCAUACAUGCGUUAUUAGUACAGUACAGAAUUGCUGCAUCGUUCAAGCAUUUUUUCUGCUUAUCUCUAACAUAUUAGAAUAUUAUACCAGAAAAUGUUACAGUUCUAAUAUUUCCACCAUAUACAGUUACUUUGUUUUGCUUUUAUUACAUUUGCUGUCACAGAAACAGAAUAAGAAUCAAUAAUGUGUGCAACAAAACAAGAAAUUUACCUUGGUACUGAUAAUACAAAAUAAAAGCACUGAAUAUAGUAACUGUUGUCUUCUGCAUUGCAUGUUGUUGUGUGCGGCCGUUUUGUUCUCAUCAGAAAAAGGGAAGUUAGGGCAUCUAGUUGCCAAAGACGUCUCAGAAUCAGGAAGCUUGAAAACGCCACCAAGCUCCAUCAAAGGCCUUCAUGUUUCAACGGCAAAUGUUUGUCAGUUAGCAGCGGAAUGCGAGCCGUCGACCACGUUGCUCACGGUGCUGACAUGAUUCUCAUUCUCCUUCCAGUCCCUCAACAGACAGCAUUGUGGUAGCUGCACCGUGUGAGUGGACCCUUUAAAGGCAGCCGCCAUCCUCAGGCCAAGAUGGCUGACAGAGUGAACAGGCUACCAUUUUUCUAUGGCAACAUUGCCAGAGAAGAGGCAGAAGGUUAUCUGCAGCAGAUGGGAAGUGGCGCGUAUUUGCUACGGCAAAGUCGCAACCACCUUGGAGGCUUUGCCCUCUCGGUGUUGCAUUCGGGCCGCUGCUACCACUACACCAUUGAGAGGGAGUCGGAUGAAACGUACGCCAUUGAUGGCGGGAAGAGCCACAGCAGCCCGAUGGAGCUGAUUGACUACCACUCGCAAGAGAUGGACGGCCUCGUGUGUCGCUUGUUGAAGCCCUGCAACCGGCCCAAGAACAUGCAGCCCAAGGUGGGGCCCUUUGAGGACCUGAAGGAAAAACUGAUCCAGGAGUAUGUCAAGCAGACCUGGAAUCUACAGGGUACAGCUCUGGAACAAGCCAUUAUCAGCCAGAGGCCACAUUUGGAGCAUCUCAUUGCAACCACGGCUCAUGAACGGAUGCCCUGGUUCCAUGGGAAAAUAACACGAGAGGACUCUGAGCCCAGGCUUCAAAAUGGCCCCCGUACCAAUGGAAAAUUCCUUAUCCGACAGAGGGAUGUGAAUGGAUCCUAUGCUCUUUGUUUAAUACAUGAAGGACAAGUGAUGCAUUACCGCAUCGACCAGGACAGGGCUGGCAAGUUCUGCAUUCCAGAUGGCAAGAUGUUUGACACUCUUUGGCAGCUGGUGGAACACUACUCGUACAAACCCGAUGGCCUGCUGCAAGUGCUGACUGAGCCCUGUCCACGACCUGAUGGAGACACAGAUGUGUUAGGACAAUCGCUGCUGCCACGGGACACCCCGAGAUUUGGUUCUUUAUUUCAAAACGCAGCAGGUGGAUUCUUCGCCAGAAUCAAAAUUGGUCCCACACUUGGUCGACAGAAGAGCUGUGGAUCCCGACACAAUACCCCCGAUAAGUUCAACCCCUAUGAAAUGGGAAGUAAUGGAGAGGUAACCAGAGAGUCCUUACCGAUGGACACGCCAGUAUAUGACAGGACGUAUGCAGAUCCAGAUGAGCUCAGGAACUCCACAGUGUACCGUGAACAGCUCAUUUUGGAGGACGAAGAAUUGGGUUCUGGGAAUUUUGGUACAGUCAGCAAGGGCAUUUACAAGACCAAACUGACAGUGCAGCAGGUUGCGGUCAAAAUCCUGAAAAAUGAUGACGACAGUCCAUCAAUGCGUGAGGAGAUGCUGCGAGAAGCAAAUGUCAUGCAGCAGCUGGACAAUCCGUACAUUGUGCGGAUGAUCGGUAUUUGUGAGGCAGAGAGCCUCAUGCUGGUGAUGGAACUGGCCGAGCUGGGUCCGCUUCACAAGUUCUUGCAGAAAAACAAACAAACAAGCAUCGCCAACAUCACUGAGCUGGUACACCAGGUGUCCAUGGGCAUGAAGUACCUUGAGGAGCAUAACUUCGUCCACAGAGACCUUGCUGCCAGGAAUGUCCUUCUCGUCACGCAGCACUAUGCAAAAAUCAGCGACUUUGGCCUCUCCAAAGCAGUGGCUGAUGACCAGAACUACUACAAGGCCAAGAGACAUGGGAAGUGGCCAGUAAAGUGGUAUGCCCCCGAGUGUAUCAAUUACUUCAAAUUCUCAACCAAAAGUGACGUGUGGAGCUUCGGAGUGUUCAUGUGGGAGGCGUACUCAUAUGGAGAGAAGCCAUACAAGGGGAUGAAAGGCAACAUGGUUUUGCAAAUGAUUGAGAGUGGAAUGCGGAUGGAUGCCCCACCAGACUGUCCAGAAGAGAUGUACGGCCUGAUGAAGACCUGCUGGAUUUAUGAGGUUGAGAAAAGACCCGCCUUUGCUGUUAUUGAGCCAAGACUACGGCAAUAUUAUUAUGACAUUGCACAGUGAAUCUCCCCACACACAAGUCACACAUUCAGAUGGAAAUCUGCUGCUUUCAGCCUCAACAAGCUUAUGCAAUAAAGAUGAUUAUGUGUACUCUCCCUUGUGUCGUGUAUUCAACCACCCAGACGCUGUCUUUGUUUGCCUCCCAUGAGCCAUUUAUUACAAAAGUUAGCUCCUCACAGCUCACAACAAAUAAAGUAGUUGGGCCACACUGGGGAAAAAUAACCAAUCUGAAACUUUGAGAAUGAAGUCGUGAAUUUACGAGAAAAAAAGUCGUAAUAUUACGUGUCGUACAUGCCAGCUCUUCAGGAAGUGGUGAGUGCUUAAGCGACGUCAAGGUCUGGUUGGCUCAAAAUUUUUUAAAGCUCAAUGAGGGGAAGACAGAAGUUAUCGUCCUUAAUAAUAAUGACCCCCUCUUGGACUUGGGCCCCAUCAAGCAUCAAGUCAGUCCCACAGCCACCAGCCUUGGCGUCAUAAUCGACAGUGAUUUUAAACUUAAUAAACAAAUCAACGCUGUUUUAAAAUCCUGUUUUUAUCAUCUUCGGCUUCUUUCCAAAGUCAAACCGUUUUUAUCUUUGCAACAUUUUGAACAAGCCGUGCACGCUUUUAUCUCGUCACGUCUGGACUACUGUAAUUUACUUUACUCUGGAAUAAGCCAUAAAUGACUCUCUCGCUUACAGUUAGUCCAGAACUCUGCAGCUCGGCUUGUAACAGGAACCAAAAAGAGGGAGCAUAUUGUCCCAAUUUUAGCUUCCCUGCAUUGGUUGCCUGUGCGUUUUAGAAUUGAUUUAAAGAUUUUAUUGUUUGUUUUUAAGGCUUUGAAUGUGCUGGCCCCUCAGUACAUCUCGGACCUCAUCCAAAUUUACACUCCAGCACGCACAUUGAGGUCCGAAGGCCAGCUCCAACUGGUGGUGCCUAAGACCAGACUUAAGACCAGGGGAGACCGGGCCUUUUCUGUAGUUGGCCCAAAGCUGUGGAACACUCUCCCCCCUCAUGUAAAAACGGCCCCCAUAAUUGAAAACUUUAAGUCUCGUCUUAAAACCCACUUUUAUUCUCUGGCUUUUAACUCGGCGUGAGUCGUGUGGUCCUCUGGGUCUUUUAUUAUUUUUUAGUUUUCAUGGUUUUAUUUAUUUUAUUUUUUUAAUUUCAUUAAUUUAUUUUUUACCUUCUUCUUGGAUUUUUUUGCUUUUAUUGUUUCUACUUCUUGUUUUAAAUAUUUUAUUGUAGUACGUUUCUUUGUUUUUAUUUGAUCUUUUAGUUUUUACUGUGGUAAUUUGUACUUAUUUACAUUUACAUUUAAAUUCCCUUAUUUACUUAUUUGUGGUUUGCUAGUCUGUGCAGCACUUUGGAAACAGUGUUUAUAAAACGUGCUGUAUAAAUAAAGUGGAUUGGAUUGGAAACUUUCCUCUUGCUUCAGGCCAGCUUUAUUUAUAACGUGGCAGCAAAACAGAGCAGUUGAGCACAAAGAGAUCAGCAUGUCUCACUUACGCCUUCCUUAGCCCGCCUCCUCCACAUGACCAAGGCCAAAGGUCACGAGUCCCCCCUUUUCAUAGCUGUCUCAGGCAAUGCCUGUAACAUCAACUUACGAGUUCUCGUAACUUUAUGAUUUUAUUCUCGUAUUAUUACAAGUUUUUUCUUGUAAAUUUGCAACUUUAUUUUUUAAAUUUAUUCUUGAAAUUUAUUCAACACAAACUCAAGUCAAAAUAUGUGACACACAACGUAACCUACCCACUGCACUGCCUGGGAAGUGAAAAAGGAGGGACGGUCACAUACUCUUGAAUCGUCAAUGUUUUAGCGUUCAUAGUUCCCAUCCUUUAUUCAUGUACAUUCCGGGCGUCUUAUUCAGUAAAAAAAUGUAAAAUUCAGUUGUUAUUUGAUGUGGUCUGACAUGUGGUCUGUGCUCCUGACAAAAGCACAUCCAUACAGCAGACUGUAUGACGCUGUGGACUGUUAGAAUUAGGAGCGUAAAAUAGAGUGCAUGUAUCAAAUACACAGUCUGGCCCCCCCGCCAAUUUUGUUAACUCAAUGCGGGUCAAAUAGUUGUCCUACCCCGGCUCUACGCGAUACUGAUAUUAUCGGCCGUUAGUGAUGUGUGAUGCCACUGGUUUUGGUUCCGAUCCGAGUAAAAUUGAGUCUGGUAUCGGCGAUACUGAUCUGAUCUUUGUGCAAAUUCACCUAACAUGUCUGGCCAAUUUUAAGAAGUAGUGUAUUUCACCUCAUAGCAUAAAGAAUACAAAGUAUUUUACUCAUUAAGUAAAUGGUUAAUUUAAAUACAUUCAUCAAAUGAAUGUAAUAAUUCAAAAUAAUUAGUUAAUUAAUUUUAAACCCUGAAGUAUGUUGGGGUAGCGGGGUGAUUUAAAAUAUCAAAUCAGAGAAAAACAACAAAUUCUUAAAAUAUGUGAAAAUGAUAUAUUAAACAAAAAAAGAAAAGAAGUAAAAUAAUAAAACCAUUCAAAUUUAAAAACGAUUAAUUAUUAAGUACUUAAAGAAUGAAAACUUUAUUCAAAAUAUACACGGGGAUUCGUUUACGAUGGGUCAACGUUUCAGACAAACUUUACCUCAAAUGACUGACAUAUCAGAAUUAUCGAUAUUUCAGUACGGAUCCGCACAUCACUAUCGGCCAUCUCUUCAUUCCUGUGUUAUUUUUUUACAGUCUCCUGCUCACACUUUGUUGAAAGGAUAUAUUGGUCAUAUGUUAGCAUGUUAAUGGUAAAAACCACAUGACCUGUGUAGUGUAUAACAUGCUAUGGUAUACAUAGAGAUAACAAAUAUAAUAUUGGCCAUAUGUCAACAUACUGGAUAUGUAUUAUCCUGAGAGCCAACAUAUGUAUUUGUUAUAUUAUAUAAUCUAAACUGUUUUUAUUUGAAUAAAAUUACACUGGGCCCAAAAGGUUGCAGGUUGCAAGUCUACCUCAUGUACGUCAUUCAUAACACGAGAACGCUAAUUGAAAGAUAAGACAUCGCAGUGAUAACAUGACUGUGCAAGACGAGCCUUACGAGCGGAAUACUUCACACUCUCCCAUGAGAAAGCAGAGCAGAUGGAGAUGCGGACAGGAUGGACUCCCACGUGAAGUCAGACCAAAUGGAACCGAGUCAGGAUGUUCCAUCACGAGAAGCAAGCCAGUAUAGUAGAGGUUCAAAGAGGACCCCUGGAGAUAUCAAAGACUCCCUUGACCCGAGGGGUAUGGGACAGUAUAAGGAGGAUUCUGAGCUGGGGGAGAGGGACAUUUUUUCCAACAUUUUCCAGAGGAGCGAGGAGAAGAUGGGAUGUCUUCUUUUUCGGGACGGCCGCCUGAGAUUGUGUCGCUUUGCUUCAAUCAAUCACACUG